CACAUACGGCACGCGCGCGCGUGCCCACACCUCCUUGCCACUGCCUCGCUCGUGCUGUACAGCCAGAGAGAUCGCAUUAUCAUCACUCUCCUUACCUCUGCGCGAGCGAUCCGGGGUCCCUCAGAAACACAGUAGACCGCGCUACGGGAAAGACUGGUGUUCAGACCGCACAUCACCGCACCGAUGGCCGAGAUGAGGACUCUGCUGUGCCUUCAGCUCCUUGCGCUAACCCUGGCCGGCUGCUCGGCGGAGGCGGACGGCAGGAGCGGGAAAGAGGCAGGGAAUGCGGGCAAUUUCAUGGAAGACGAGCAAUGGCUGGCCACCAUAUCCCAGUACAGCCGCAAGAUAAAGCACUGGAACCGUUUCAGAGACGAUGACUAUGUCAGAAAUGUGGAAGAUCCCCAGGGUUCUGAGGAAAGUGUGGACACGACCAAGGACCCGUGUCAGAAGGUGAAAUGCAGCCGACACAAAGUGUGUGUGGCCCAGGGCUACCAGCGGGCCAUGUGCAUCAAUCGCAAGAAACUGGAUCACAGACUCAGACAGCCAGGACUCAAGCCUCACGUGAGCUGUAAACCGUGCCAACUGUCCGCAGCCGACCCUGUGUGUGGAUCUGAUGGACAUAACUAUGCUUCACAGUGUAAGCUGGAGCAGCAGGCUUGUUUGAGUGGUAAGGAGCUGACGGUGAAGUGUGCAGGACCGUGUCCGUGUGUUAGUGAGGCUGUGCCGAAGCCCGAGACAGAGACAGUGCCUGCUCCCAAACCAGAAAGCUGUACAGGUCAAGACUUGGCUGAUUUGGGGGACAGACUGAGGGAUUGGUUCCAGCUUCUCCAUGGCAAUGCUAAAACGAAUAAUUCUGGUAGACAGGGAUCUGGAACAGCUUCAGUGUUUGAGAGGAACUUGGUGGCUGGCUGUAAGGAUUCUAUUGGCUGGAUGUUCACUAAGCUGGACACCAGUAAUGAUUUGUACCUGGACCACUCAGAGCUGGCAGCUAUUAACUUGGAGAAGUAUGAGGUGUGCAUCAGACCCUUCUUCAACUCCUGCGACUCGUACAGAGAUGGCAAGGUCUCCACGGCUGAGUGGUGUCUCUGCUUCUGGAGGGAGAAGCCUCCCUGUCUGUCUGAGAUUGAGAGGAUCCAGGUACAGGAGUCCUCUAAGAAGAAGCCAGGUAUGUACAUCCCCAGCUGUGACGAGGAUGGAUACUACAGGAAGCUGCAGUGUGAUCAGAGCAGAGCAGAAUGCUGGUGUGUUGACCCACAUGGCAAUGAGGUCACUGGAUCCCGCGUUCACGGCAACCCUGACUGCGAUGAGUUAGUGGGCUACUCUGGGGACUUUGGCAGUGGCGUGGGAUGGGAGGAUGAAGAGGAGAAGGAGACAGAGGAGAAUGGAGAGGAGGCUGAGGAAGAGGAGGAGGCUGAGCCCGGAGAGACUGACGAUGGAGGGUACAUCUGGUAGAAAACACUCACAGUCAUUGUUAUUGCCUGUCCUCCACAAAGACCAUCUGUUGAAAUAUCAGUAUGAAUUCAUUUUAACUCUUGCUUGGUUGAGAAGCUCUUUUUUCCAAUGAAGGCUGAACAGGUAAUUUGUCAUAUAUUUCAUAUGAAAUAAUGUUUUAUUUGAAGUGGAAAGUAGCAAAAUAUGGCAUGAAACCAUGCAUAGACAACUAGCAAUUUGGAUAAAUUGUAUCACAAUGUUUCUGAACAUAUGAAUCUGAUCAGGUGGACAACAGAAUAGAACGAUACGCAAUUUAAUUUGGACAUGUACGUUUUUAAAAAAGAAACAACCUGAUUAAUGUAUCCUAGUAUAAUUUGUUCAUAAUAUUAUAAAAUAAAUAUAAAACCCAGCACUGGUCCUUUGUGGACAGGUUGAGGACUUCUUUUUACUGCUGUUAAACGCACAGCAUCAGAAAUCACUCACUGCAUCUGCAUCUGAAACCUAUACUAAAGAGCUUAGCAAAGUGGGCUAAGCAAGCAAAGUGAGCAGUGCAGUAACUCUAUGGGAGGGGAAUGUAGAGGGACGGGGACAGGGACAGAGACAGGUUUUGUCCUAAUUAUGUGUCAUGUUUUCUUUGCUUGUACAUUUACACAGAACGUGGCAGUGCUGUGCUAAAGAACAAACACUGGUCUAACCUACUCAUCAUUAAUAUUACUAGGGAUGCUUUCCUAUUCAAUUACAUUUAACGUAUUUAACGCAUAACUGUCAGAACCACACAAACAAUUGCAUAAAGCUGCCUCAGUUACAGCCCAGAAUAAUUAUGUUACUGUCCAUCCAAAGCCAACUUAGUACAUACACAUCUCCUACCUCUGAACUCAUCUGUAAUAGAAACAAAUAUAUCUAUUGAAACUUUUAAAAGCUGGCUGAUUAGGAACUCAUACUGUAUCUAAAAUCAGGGCUCGGAUUGAACCGAUUUAAUUUCUGUUUCUCGAGGCUGGGAAUCACUAUAGAUGGGUUUCAAGGGAACAUUAUAACAGAUAUGUGUGCACAACCAGGGGCAACAGAGAGUAGCACUCAGAAAGCACAAUGGAGAGCAACAAUGACAUUAAACUGUUGUGCAGUAAACUACAACAAACACAGAGAAGGAUACAAAUGUUUAGUAUCCCGGAGGGAUUUUUGACAUCACAGAUUGCUGGCAUCUUGGACAUAUCUGAAAACCAUCUGUGGUCAGGAGUAGCAUACUGUUCACUCUAUAGCAUUAGCAUUCUUUGUCCAUCUAAUUUUUCAAAUAUAUCAAAUGUAUAUUUUAAAUACUUAAAUACAAAGAAGACUAAAUACAAAUAAAUUGUACUCACUUGAGCAUAAAGUGUAGUCUAAAAAGUCUAAAGUAGAUUCAAUUUGAAUCAAUUCAAAUUGAUUCAAUUCAAAUUACUUUCGUUUUAGGCAUAAUACGUAAAUGAUUUGAGUCUAAUUAACUCUGCAUAUCCAACUCUGAGUCAUGAUUGCAGCAGUUGACCAACAGUACAGUCUUGUGACUGGCUAAGGUAUCAAAGCACUUAUGCCCCCUGGCUGUGCAUGCACCCUGUAAUGUUUGUAAAUGGGAAACCCAUCUAUAAUAAUCACUACAAACCCAGCUUUACCUACUACAGCUUUGCUUACUCUAUUCAUACCGUUCAGGCGCCAUAUCCAGCUUCAAGGAGUAGUCCUCACAAAGUCCUUCUAAUGAUGAAUGUGCCAUGUGUGUUAUGUUGCUUGAAUGUGCAUUUCUCUUUCUCUUUUUUCUUGCUUUGUGUAAUCUGUACUUGAACACUUAGAUCGAUUCAGACACCUUUUCUUUUUUCCCUGUACGUGCUAUUCGCAAGAUAAACGAAACACUGAUUGAUUGAUUGUUUUUAAUAUUGCAUGUUAGUUCAGAAGAAUGUACCUUUUACUGCCUGGACAGAUGCAGAGUACUCUGGCCCUCUGAUAUUCAAUAUUUAGUACUCUGGUUCAGGUUCUUUUUCCAGCAAAAAUCUCUUCAGACAACAAAAUAUAUAUUUUUGUUGUGCUUGUAGGAUCGUAAUAUAGACAGUAAGGUUUAUCUGGUAACAUCAGUCUAAAGUCAGAAAAAAAAAAAUGUGGGGCUGAAUCUUAAGAAAUGUUAUUGUGAAUAAUAUAUAUAUUGAAUUACUAUUGAAUUGUCUUUAGAUUGUAAUAUAUAAAUGUCUUUCAUUAAUUUAAAAUAGAUGUACUCUUCAUUGUAUGACAUUUUGAAGGGGUACGAUGAAGGAACUGGCCUUUGACGGAUUACCUCUGAUUUGAUCAAGCUAGAAUAAAAGUCAGCUGCAGUCUGUCAGCUGCAGGUUUCAAUGUGCUGAAAUGUAAAGUGGGGUCAGUUGUGCACUGUCUGGACCCCAGGCCAGCAUUAUCACAGACCUAAGAGGCUUGCCUGAGGAAUGAUAUUUAAAGUGAUGAACACAUCAUGGAUGUGCUGCAACGCAUUCAUUAUAAUGAAACCGAUUCUGUUGUGAAUGUCAAAUUUUAAUGAGGCUGCUGUCUCCUUCUCUUUCAAGAAUCUGUGGAGAUUAAAAGGAGAAGGAAAAAAGACUUCCUCCACGCAAUGCAUUGUAAAACCAUGCCCAUCCGGUGCAAUUCAUUACUGUGGUAAUGCCAGCAGAAUCAGUUCGUAUAUCUGUGUAAAUUAGCUCUUGAGUCGUGGUCUUCAGUGAUGCUGCUGGCGACAGCAGGGUCAGAGAGAGAGAGAGAGAGAGAGAGAGAAGCACAGUGACUGGGAUUCAGCAGAGAUGUGCUUUCAAACAGUCUAAAUUAAAACAGCAUGCUGGAUAGAAAGAGAGAAAGAGAGAGAGAGAGAGAGACAAGCAUGUGGCUCUAAGACAUUGUGCACAUAUUUGGUUCUACAUUCAAAUCAAUCGUUAGCAGCAGCAUCUAAAAACAUUCACGGCUUUAGACCCAUUGAAAGCAGCUGUCUGAACAGAUAAAAUUCUCCUACACUGAACCAUGAAGCUCUACAGAAAUCCUGAAGAAAUCAAUGUUAUGGUUUUGUGGGACAAACCCAGAAAACAUCCACCUCUUCUCUUCUCUCACGUCACAUUAUACUGAACUGCUGCUGUGUAAUCAGUGCUAUUUAGCUCUCAGUCUGUGACAUGUUUUCCACUGUAUUUAAUAUUUGAUAAUAAAUCGGCACUGAAACCA